UGAAACCAAAACCACAUCAAAGCUGACAUGAGCUCAUAAAAAGUAAGGUAACUUUUGUGAAUUCACUUUUAAAGGAGACUUUUUGAUUAUCUUCAGUUUUACGGAAGCGACUUGCGACAACAAAAGAGAGUUACUUCGCGCUCUCUUCCUUUCUGAGGAGAGAUCAUCUGUGGCAAUGCAGUAAUGUUUGUCUUGAUAUAACUCGUACUAUUGUUUUCCUUAUUUGAAAAGAUGGAAAAAAGUUUUGCUGAUCUACUUAGUGAUGCUUUUUCAGAAACAGCUGUUCCCUCAUUCCCUGAUGGAGAUUUGGACUUUGAGAAUAUAAGUUUUGAUGAAAGAUUUGAGGACGACAAAACAGACAUCUCUCACGAAAAUGUACUUGCAAAGGAAGACGAAGCUCUACAACAGGAAGCAACCGGUCAAACUGCAUUUUUGUCUUGUGUGGAAACUAAAGAUGUACACAUGGCUGAACAUGUUGAUGAAAAGCAGUUUGAUGAUAAACAGUUUGAGGAGGAUUUUGAAGGUGUAGGGGUUAAGAGCAGGUCCAAAACACCGGAGGAGGAUUACACAAGCUCAGAGUCUGAACAGGAAGGCUCUGCCUCUGGAGAAGAUGAAGAGGGUGAGGAAGAGGACACGGGAACAGGAGAGAAAACAGGGGAUUUGUUAAGGCCGGUUCGCUGCGGCGACGAGUUUUGCGAUGGUAAUAAAGAGGACAGGGUCUUUGCUGAGGGACAACCUCUUACCCCUGAGGCAGCUGAAAACCCUCAAGUUAGAAAUGAGGAGCAAGGUGAGAGUGAGAGUGAUGAGGAGGUGUCCUAUUUUAAGAGAGUCCCUGAACAUGGCAGUGAGAUGAUGAUAGGAGGUGACGGGAUUGAAGAGGAUGAGCAAGUGAGGAGUGAAGAAAAGGAAGAGGACUCGUGUGAGGGCAUGAAAAUCGAACACAAAGAAGAUGUUCUGUGCAAAGAUGACCCAGCGAAAGCCAGUUUGGAGUUUCCAGAAAUAUCAGAGCAAAAUCUGCAGGAUCUUAUUGCUGAAGUUGAUCGUGAGGAAUGCAGAGAGAAAGUGAAGGAUUUCUCAGGGGAGGAGCACCAAGAUGCAGGUGAGAGCUUUGCAGAUUAUCCCUCAGACUUUUCUUCAUGUGAAUACGUAGAAGAUAGAGGGAAAAGUCAAGAGAGUGAUAACCCGUCGAACGCCUGGGCCUGUGCAUCCGACAGCGGUUCAAUUUCAAAGCCGAACACCUGCCUGGAAAGAGAUGUGGUGGAUGUAACAUGCAUAGGAAAAGCUGAGGACACUGAUGAGGAAGAGUAUGGGUAUCUGUACAGCAGAGAUUUAAAGGACGGCGACUUCAGGAGGCUGUACAUGUUAACUGGAGAACAAGAGGCAGAGGAGAUUGUGUUGGGCGAUGCAGCUGUAGCAGAGGUUGAUGAUGAAGAUGAGACAAGUGAGAGUGAUUCCUACACCUCCAGUGAUGAUGAGGUCCAAGAAAAGAGGAGCGAUGAGGAACUCUUUGACAGUUGGCGUCUCCGAGAUCUUGAAAGCAACAAGCAGCUGUGGGAGAAUCGCGGUGGGAGCAGUGAAGCGUUUUCUGAUGAUUACUAUCGAGGGGAUUCAGCAGAUUUCAACAUAAUUCGGAACCUAGACAUGUUAACAACUCAUCUGUCUGAAGACCUGUUAACCACAGAGGAUACAAACAAAGCGGAAACACCACUGUCAGAUGAAACUCAGCAUCCUGCAGAAGAAGACGUCAACAGCUACUCAGUGGUACAAAGAGGGGAUGAAAAAACAACAAGCCACUCUAAUCAGGGAUUCCUGGAUGACAGCUUCUUCUUCAACACUGUACCCGAAGCCUCUGGGAUCACCGAGCUGGGACAGUGGGGAGAGUAUGAAGAGUACGAAGAGGAGAGGAACUGGGAACAAGAGCAAGAGAGAAUUAAGGCUUUUAACAAGUUUUAUGAUGACAGCGACGGAGAGAAUAGAAGAGAAGAGAGGCAGAUAAAAGUUCAGUUUUGUGCAGAUCCCUUGUCUCAAGUCAUUCACUAUGAAACUGACAGCAGUGAGAGAGAUUCACACAGCAGCUCCACAGAAGGGGAGGAAGACCUGAGCUCAGCAGAUUCAUCUGAGGUGUGCCUGCAGACACAUGAAUUGAGGGAGCCUGACGACAGUACGGAAAUGACACCGGCCUGUGAUCCCCCGAACGCCGAACUACCAGAGAAUGUGCCAGACAACAGCAACACACAUAUUUGUACCAGGAAAGACAAAGUAUGUACUCACUGGCCUUUUCUGAACAUUCACUUUGUUCCUGAAUUGUUUGGUUACUUUUACCUCUCUGUCCUGUCCUUUGUUCCCGCAGUGUUUCAACAUGCUGAAGCUGACUCUGAAGAUGGGUCUGGUGAUACUGACGGGACUGCUGAUGUUCUGGUUUGCCUCAGACCAAGCGGGCUGGUUCAGCCACGUGUCGUUCUUCUAGGUCAAAACAUAAGUUUUGGUCCUUAAAAUUAGUUCACAUGCUUACAAAUGACCAAAAAUGACAUUAAAAAUAUUGUCUUGUAAAAAUGCAAUGUAAAGUGAUGAACUUGUGUAAUGGAAAAUGUCAUAUGUCUAUGUUAAAUUCUUAUUGUUUAAUACUUGGUUCAAUGAACUUCUGUCUUUCCCAGCAUAUCUCUGUAACUUUAUUUUAUUCCCACCCUUUCUUCUUGUGUCUAUCCCAAAUGGGUGAAUCUUCUCCCCCUCCCCUCUCUUCUCUUUACUCACGGUUUUAUUGUGUCUUCCUAACACCUGCAACUGUGCGAACUCUCCACACACACCCCUUCUCUUCCUCACCCAGACUACUUGCACUCUGUGUGAUUGAUGAACCUAUUUGCAAAUAAUAAAUACUCCAAAGACAA